CGCAGAGGCAGGGGCAGGCUUGCUCGCUUAUUAUAUCAGCGGCAUUCGCACCCGUGAACCUCCUGGAAGGCAUUAUUACCUGGCAUGGGCACCUGCGCCUGCAUCGUGAUUCGUACCUACCUUACCUCACACUUCCAUCCCAUAACCGAUGCCUAACAUACCUAGUACACUCCUGGUCUCGAGCGUGGCUGAGCAUGGCCUCUUUAUCAACACUUGGGCGCUUGUAUUCACAAAGAGUCGUGCCCCGAAUUCGCAGUCGACCGAUAAUCACAGCACGAAUGGCAUUUCUUUGCUCAGUCCGCCCCCCGUUUGUCAACUAUCCGCCAUCGUGAGGCGGCACUAUACGGUUGAACCUCUCAGCCGGAGGCGAAAGCCUUCAAGGAGCCAUCUCGUCAACCACGCACUCUGACGCCUUGAACCCCAUAGGAGUCAUCCGCGAGCACCAUGGCCGAGUCGCUCUCCGGCACGGCUACGACCACGGUCCUGACGCUGCCCGAGCUUCUCACGCGCGUCCUUGAGCACCUCGACGCACCGACGCUCGCCCGUGCCGUCCGCGUGAACAGGCAGUGGUUCGCCUGCGGCACCGACGUGCUGUGGCGAGAGCCGCCCGUCGCGAACCUACUCGCGCUAGGCAGCGAGAGCCGCCAGCAAAUAUACGCGCCAAAGAUCCGGAAGCUCGACUUUACCCCCCUCGACAACUGCGACGGCAACCAGCUGCACUCCAGCCUCAAGCACCUGAGCUUCCGCAGCCUGAGGAUCGUUAGCAUCGACAUGUACCGUCUGGCCAAGGGGUGCUCGUAUGACAUCCUGCAGUAUAUCCAGCCGCGGCUGGAGGAGCUGGUCAUCUUCGGCGGCGAGCUGGAUGACGACUUGCUUCGCCACAUACGGGCCACCUGUCCUCGGCUGCGGAGGAUCUUGCUCGACGCCCCGGGCAAGGCCGUCACGCCAUUGGGGUUUUACGACUUCAUCGUGGGAUGCAGGGCUCUCGAGAAGAUGGAGUUUCUCUACGGCAUGGAUCAUCUGCUCACCGACAGGCUCUUGUCGCAUCUUGCUAGCCGCGAGACAUUGACAAGACUUGGCCUCGGGAGGCCCCUCUCCAAGGACUUCCUGGAGCACAUAUCCGACAACGUCCCCCAACCGUUUGCCGCCCUGAAGAGUCUGCAGCUGCGGCAGCCGAUCUCGUCAUCAGCCGUGCCGUGGCUAUCGAGGGAGCUCAGCCACCUCAGGACCCUGGACUUCGCGGUGCGUGAUGCCGACGCGUCCAUCCUUCCGUACAUUUCCUCCAUGUCGAAGCUCCGCUCCUUGACACUCAUUCUCGCGACUCCCAGCGAGCUUUCCUCUCAAGAAAUCAUGUCGCUAGGCGCGCUCUCGAGGCUCGCAAAGCUCUUCAUCGGUCCCGAUGGGCAGGGCGGCGAAUCCGGCCCCAGGGUCACGGAGCAGGGGUCGUUCGACUCCGUAUUCGACGAGCUUUGUUCAAAACUUGCCUCUUUGAAGGUCUUGGAAUUUAACGUCCAGUGUGACCUGUCUGCGCAGGCUCUGAGGUCGCUGUCAAAUCACUGCCCGUUGCUUGAGGAGCUUAAGUUGCCGCAAGCCAUCGAUAUCAGGGAGCUAAACCUGGAGGCCGUGGACGAGGCCAUGUUUCCCAACCUGAUACAUCUGGGCCUGGACGGUUUAUUUGGCCCAGUAGUUGAAAACGUGCCUGCCGCUGAGUAGGUCUGAACCUGUUUGUGCAGAAUGGGAUUCUCAGGCUGAUAUCUCGUGCAGGCAUAUCUGCGCGAAAAAGACAGCCGAAUUGCUUCGGAAACACUGCCCACGAUUGGCAGAUCUGUGUCUCUCGACCAGUGACGACACUCACGAACAAGUAUUAGACGCGUUUGAGGGGCUUGACACCUGUACCUGCCCUGACUAUUCUCUCACCAUGUCAUUGUAACCCGAGUAGUGUCCAGCACCUGCACGACAAUGGCACAAAUCGCAAGUCGCUCACGCAGACUUACGGUAUUAAUAAGGGGCGUUGUAUAUUACAUGCCUAGCCGAGCUCGAACUAUUCAGUCAGUAUCUACGUUUUUUUCAUUGUAACGUGAAGCUGUUCGUGGUCCCCUCGAAGGCGUUCACGCCCCCAAACAGCCGCUGUGCAUCCCCGUAAUAUUUGAACCGAUAGGUCCCCGGCUCCAGGUCCGUGUCCCCCUCGGUCGCCCCUACUAUUGUCGUCUCCCAGGCGACGUCGACCUCGCUGUAUCCCAG